AUGAGCUCGCCCGGGGCCGUGUUCGGCUUGGAGGGCGUCGUUCAUCCCAAGACAGGAGGGACAUGGUACAACAUUGCGAGUCCCGUUCGCAAAGCAGUCAAGGUCUUGGCGGACAAAUACAGUUCCCAGGAGGCUGUCGUCGCCCAGGCUGCGCGCACCGUGGAGAGCCAUGGGAGCCGGCUACAGGGUCUGGAGGGCGCCCUCGAUGCCACUCGAGCCGCACAAGAGAGCAGAGACGAAGCUGUUUCGCGCCUUCAGCAGGAACUGGGCGCGCUCUCUCAGCGUCUCUUGGACGUGCCAAGGCGAAUCGAGACUGUCGCGGAGCAGGUCUCCGAGCUGGAAAAAGACUUCGCGAACUCAGUGCACCGCUUUCGCGACCUUGCAGCGGAACUGGACACGCUGGGACGCACCGUAUCGGAGGAAGGAAAGGCCAGGCAGGAGACGCAGGCGGCAACGUCGCGCUCGGUCGAGGCUCUCGAGGUGUCCAUCGAGGAAGUCAGAGCGACGCUGAAGGACACCGCGAAGGCGGUGCGGAACGUUGUGGAGACCGACGUACAGAAUCUCGACAAGAAGUUCUGCGGAAAGGUUCAGGAGAUGGAGUCGCAUGCAGAGGUCCAGAUGGGUAGGAUCGCACAGGUGGAGAAACAGCAGCGGUCUCUGGCGGACAGGGUGGAGCAGGUCGCGACUCAGGCGGAGGAACACAGGGCCGAGAGUCACAAGGCGAUCGCGCUCGUCCUGCAGGGCUGCAAAGCGGAUGCGCAGGCUCUCGUGGCGGCGGAGAUCAGGGCGCGGGUGAGGGAGGUCGCGGAGAACUGGGGGCAGAUCCACCUGGGGGCGUACAAGGAGCACAUCGACGCUGUCAUGGCCGAGAAGAUCGGGUUCCACGAGCGCAAGCUGGACGAGCUGGGGAAGAAGCUGCUCGCGUCCAAGUCAACCGCCACGUUGAGCGCGAAAAUGCGGGCUCUGAGUGACGCGGUCAACGAGUCGGAGGACUGGGUGCGCAAGGAGGUGUCUGGCCUGCGAGCGAUGGUCAGGGACAGUCUGAACGACAAGGCGGACGUCGCGUCGUUUGAAGGUUUCGUUACGGACGUCACGCAGCGCGUCGAGAGUCAGGUUGGCGCGCUGAGGACCACGUUGCAGCGCGACAUGGUGAGCCACGCGAGCUGCGUCAACGCGGAAGUAACCGAGUACGAACGACAGGUCGAAAGCCAUCUCGCGUCGUCUCGGGCGCUGUGCAAGUCUGUCGAAGAAGGCUUGCGAGAAGCGCUGCAGCGCCAUUGCGCCUCAGCUGCGGACAUGAGCGAGCUGCACAAGAGGGUUUUGGAGCUCAGCAGCUUGUCGGAUCAACAAUCUGAGUCCCUCGCUGCGAUGCGCGAUCGGGUGGAAGAAAUCAGUGGCGCGGUGGUCAAACUGGAGACCGUGGAGAACGACCGUCAGGCGGACGGCAGUCGAGAGCCUAUCAGCAACGGGGCGUUGGAGCGCGCCGACAAUCAUUCACAGGCUGCUGGGUCCAAUGCCGCGUCAGAUGGUGCACUGGGGGGACUGAGAUCGCAACAGGCCGCCCAGGAGCGACCCGACGACAGUCGCUGGGCUGAUGUAGCGGCGCUGAAGAGUGCAGUUGCCCGCAUCUCGCGUUGCGUGGCUCUCGGCCUCUCGGAGAGGGCGGCGUCGCAGGUGCAAGUCACCGAGAAGCCUGACACCGCGCGCCCGGGGCCGGACCUCACGGAGGAUAUCGCGACGCUGCACAGCGCCGUGGCUGACAUCAGGGCCGACUUGACAAACGUCGCCGCGAAGGAACAGGCGGUAAAGACGGAGGACAUCGGAGAGCUGCAGGAGCAGGUCGGUUCGCUCGCGUCCUCCGUGGCUGCACUCGCCAACGAGGUCGCAACGUUCCGUGACAUGCACAAGUGCGUGAAAGAGGUCUCCCGCGACUUCAUUUCGUUCCGGGAACAAGUUGCGCGGAUGCAUGAGGAGCAGGACUCGCGAUUCGCGACCAAUGCGCAGCGGCUCACGCAGAUCGAGCGAGCACAGCGUGACCUGUGCUGCAACAUGUCAAGGGGUUGCGAGUAG